AGAGAGGGAGGCGUUCACACAGACGAAUAUAUAAUGUCAUUUAAACACAGUAUCCUUUCCGAUAUCCAAACUUUAGAAAAAUGCUAAAUGGAAUAUGCGUUCUGGAGAUGCAUUUUGAUAUAAAGCUCUUCGUUCUGGACAGUAUUUUUGGAAUUGUAUUUUAACGGAUCAGGGAUGACAAAGAGAAUGGGAUACAGAGACUGGAGAUGGCUGGCUCUUUGGUGGCAUCAUUUCUUUCUCUUGUGGAGUACAAUAGACGGACAGACUCGCUACACCAUCUCCGAGGAACUGAAACAGGGCUAUGUGGUAGGAAAUCUAGCCAAAGAUCUGGGUUUGGGACUAUCUGAUUUUUUUGACCGUAAACUGCGUGUCGCUUCUGAGGCUGGUAAGCAGUAUUUCAAUGUGGAUGCGGUGAAGGGCGAGCUGAUCGUCAACGAGAGAAUAGACAGAGAGACGUUAUGCGGACAAAGCGCCAGCUGCGUUUUACCUCUGCAGGUUGUCAUUGAAAACCCCUUACAGUUGCACCGAAUUGAGGUGGAAAUACGAGACAUAAAUGACAAUUCGCCUAGUUUUCUUACAAAGGAGCUCACAGUGAAAAUAGUCGAAUUGACUGUUGCAGGCGCGCGUUUUCCUUUGGAGAGUGCAGAGGACCCUGACGUGGGCAGUAAUUCCCUUAAAUCCUAUACUAUUAGUAAAGAUGAGUGUUUUACGUUGAAGGUAAAGGAGCUUGGUAAUGGAAAGAAAAUACCAGAACUAGUUUUAGAGAAGCCCUUAGACCGAGAGAAAAAAUCUGUCCAUAAACUACUGUUAACAGCUCUAGAUGGAGGCAAUCCUGUCAGAUCCGGGACGGCAGAGAUAACUAUUACUGUGCUUGACGUAAACGAUAAUUUUCCAGUAUUUGAAAAGUCUGUGUACAAAAUUUCUAUCCACGAAAAUAGUGCAAAGGGGACAUUUAUGAUUCAACUUAAAGCGACAGAUAUUGACGAGGGUCAAAAUGGGGAGAUAAACUAUUCGUUUGGUGAGCGCACCCCUGAGUCUGUGCUUUCUACAUUUAAUAUGGAUCCAGACACAGGGGAUAUUUUUUUGAAGGAUUUAGAUUUCGAAAGAGCUACAACAUAUGACAUUGACAUCACGGCGAGAGAUGAAGGCGCUCCUGAAAUGGAAGGACACUGUCGCGUGCAGGUAGAGGUAAUAGACGUUAACGACAAUUCGCCUGAAAUUGUCCUCACUUCCCAACCAAACCCGGUGCGCGAGAACGCGCCCAGUGGCACGGUAGUAGCUUUGAUCAAUGCCCGGGACCUUGACUCCGGUAAUAACGGUAAAGUGACGUUACAGCUCCCACGAGGUUAUCCUUUUAGUCUGAAACCGUCCUAUUCUAAUAAUUACGCACUGGUCACAAGUGAUGUUUUAGACAGAGAGAGUUUCUCAGAGUAUAAUAUUGAGAUAACAGCCACUGAUUCGGGCUCCCCUCCCCUGACUACCAAGAAAACUAUACCAGUCACUAUCAUUGAUGUCAACGACAACCCCCCUAAAUUCUCUCAGCCCUUCUAUAAUGUAUAUUUAAUAGAGAAUGGACUACCAGGAUCCAUGCUAUCUUCAGUAUCUGCAUCUGACCUGGAUUUUGGAGAUAAUGCCAAGAUCUCCUACUCCAUCCUAGAGUCCAAAGCGCAGGACGUUUCUGUGUCUUCCUAUGUGUACAUGAACACUGAUAACGGCAGUAUCUACAGCAUGCACUCGUUUGACUAUGAGAAACUGAAGGUGUUUCAGAUUCUGGUGCAGGCCAAGGACCACGGCUCUCCCUCUCUGAGCAGCAACGCCACUGUCCAUGUUUUUAUCCUGGACCAGAAUGACAAUGCCCCCGCUGUUAUUUACCCCUCCGCUGCCCUGGGCUCGCUCUCUCACCAGAAGAUGCCCCGCUCCGCUAAAGCAGGCCACCUCGUUACUAAGGUAACGGCCGUGGACGCAGACUCGGGCCAUAACGCCUGGGUCUCGUAUAAACUGGUGGAGGCCACAGACACGUCUCUGUUCAGUGUCAAUCUUUACACAGGGGAGGUGAGGACUAAACGCGCUGUGUCCGAGCAGGACGACUCCUCUCAGAGGCUGCUUAUAGAGAUACAGGAUGACGGGGAGCCGGUCCAGUCCGCCACGGUCACACUGACCAUACUGGUAGAGGACGGGCUCCACGAACUCAUCUCUGACCUUCGGCAGAAACCGCCAGAGCCUAGCAAGAAAAGCGGGAGAAUCACCCUGUAUUUGAUUCUCUCACUGGCCUCGGUGUCCGUGCUGUCGCUGGUGACUUUUAUCAUCUUAGCAGUCAAGUGCGUUAGAAACAGCAGGAGCAGCGGUAGUUGCUGCAUGAGACAGGACGACUUGGACGGCUACAAGAACCCCAACAGAAACCUGCAGAUUCAGCUCAACACUGACGGGCCGAUUAAGUACGUGGAGGUCCUGGGAGGGGACAUGUUGUCUCAGAGUCAGUCCUUCAGGUCAUGUGUCUCUCCCAUGUCAGAGUUUAGUGAUUUCACCUUCGUUAAGCCCAGCAGCACCACUGACUUUAAGGAGAUGAUCAACGUCCUAGACGCGUCUUUACCCGACAGCGCCUGGACCUUUGAGAGCCAGCAGGUGAGAAUAUUUUUGGAAUUGUAUUUUAACGGAUCAGGGAUGACAAAGAGAAUGGGAUACAGAGACUGGAGAUGGCUGGCUCUUUGGUGGCAUCAUUUCUUUCUCUUGUGGAGUACAAUAGACGGACAGACUCGCUACACCAUCUCGGAGGAACUGAAACAGGGCUCUGUGGUAGGAAAUCUAGCCAAAGAUCUGGGUUUGGGACUAUCUGAGUUUGUUGACCGUAAGCUGCGUGUCGCUUCUGAGGCUGGUAAGCAGUAUUUCAAUGUGGAUGCGGGGAAGGGCGAGCUGAUCGUCAAUGAGAGAAUUGACAGAGAGACGUUAUGCGGACAAAUCGCCAGCUGCGUUUUACCUCUGCAGGUUGUCAUUGAAAACCCCUUACAGUUACACCGUAUUGAGGUGGAAAUACGAGACAUAAAUGACAAUUCACCUAGUUUUCUUACAAAGGAGCUCACAUUGAAAAUAGCAGAAUCGACAGUUGCGGGCGCACGUUUUCCUUUGGAGAGUGCAGAGGACCCUGACGUGGGCAGUAAUUCCCUUAAAUCCUAUACUACUAGUAAAGAUGAGUGUUUUACGUUGAAGGUAAAGGAGCUUGGUAAUGGAAAGAAAAUACCAGAACUAGUUUUAGAGAAGCCCUUAGACCGAGAAAAAAAAUCUGUCCAUAAUCUACUGUUAACAGCUCUAGAUGGAGGCAAUCCUGUCAGAUCCGGGACGGCAGAGAUAACUAUUACUGUGCUUGACGUAAACGAUAAUUUUCCAGUAUUUGAAAAGGCUGUGUACAAAAUUUCUAUCCACGAAAAUAGUGCAAAGGGGACAUUUAUGAUUCAACUUAAAGCGACAGAUAUUGACGAGGGUCAAAAUGGGGAGAUAAACUAUUCGUUUGGUGAGCGCACCCCUGAGUCUGUGCUUUCUACAUUUAAUAUGGAUCCAGACACAGGGGGUAUUUUUUUGAAGGGGGAUUUAGAUUUCGAAAGAGCUACAACAUAUGACAUUGACAUCACGGCGAGAGAUGAAGGCGCUCCUGAAAUGGAAGGACACUGUCGCGUGCAGGUAGAGGUAAUAGACGUUAACGACAAUUCGCCUGAAAUUGUCCUCACUUCCCAACCAAACCCGGUGCGCGAGAACGCGCCCAGUGGCACGGUAGUAGCUUUGAUCAAUGCCCGGGACCUUGACUCCGGUAAUAACGGUAAAGUGACGUUACAGCUCCCACGAGGUUAUCCUUUUAGUCUGAAACCGUCCUAUUCUAAUAAUUACGCACUGGUCACAAGUGAUGUUUUAGACAGAGAGAGUUUCUCAGAGUAUAAUAUUGAGAUAACAGCCACUGAUUCGGGCUCCCCUCCCCUGACUACCAAGAAAACUAUACCAGUCACUAUCAUUGAUGUCAACGACAACCCCCCUAAAUUCUCUCAGCCCUUCUAUAAUGUAUAUUUAAUAGAGAAUGGACUACCAGGAUCCAUGCUAUCCUCAGUAUCUGCAUCUGACCUGGAUUUCGGGGAUAAUGCCAAGAUCUCCUACUCCAUCCUAGACUCCAAAGCGCAGGACGUUUCUGUGUCUUCCUAUGUGUACAUGAACACUGAUAACGGCAGUAUCUACAGCAUGCACUCGUUUGACUAUGAGAAACUGAAGGUGUUUCAGAUUCUGGUGCAGGCCAAGGACCACGGCUCUCCCUCUCUGAGCAGCAACGCCACUGUCCAUGUUUUUAUCCUGGACCAGAAUGACAAUGCCCCCGCUGUUAUUUACCCCUCCGCUGCCCUGGGCUCGCUCUCUCACCAGAAGAUGCCCCGCUCCGCUAAAGCAGGCCACCUCGUUACUAAGGUAACGGCCGUGGACGCAGACUCGGGCCAUAACGCCUGGGUCUCGUAUAAACUGGUGGAGGCCACAGACACGUCUCUGUUCAGUGUCAAUCUUUACACAGGGGAGGUGAGGACUAAACGCGCUGUGUCCGAGCAGGACGACUCCUCUCAGAGGCUGCUUAUAGAGAUACAGGAUGACGGGGAGCCGGUCCAGUCCGCCACGGUCACACUGACCAUACUGGUAGAGGACGGGCUCCACGAACUCAUCUCUGACCUUCGGCAGAAACCGCCAGAGCCUAGCAAGAAAAGCGGGAGAAUCACCCUGUAUUUGAUUCUCUCACUGGCCUCGGUGUCCGUGCUGUCGCUGGUGACUUUUAUCAUCUUAGCAGUCAAGUGCGUUAGAAACAGCAGGAGCAGCGGUAGUUGCUGCAUGAGACGGGACGACUUGGACGGCUACAAGAACCCCAACAGAAACCUGCAGAUUCAGCUCAACACUGACGGGCCGAUUAAGUACGUGGAGGUCCUGGGAGGGGACAUGUUGUCUCAGAGUCAGUCCUUCAGGUCAUGUCUCUCUCCCAUGUCAGAGUUCAGUGAUUUCACCUUCGUUAAGCCCAGCAGCACCACUGACUUUAAGGAGAUGAUCAACGUCCUAGACGCGUCUUUACCUGACAGCGCCUGGACCUUUGAGAGCCAGCAGUCAUCCGUUAUCUACAAGGCUCAGCAUUUCAGCACCAUUGUUGUGGACAGCGACACUCUCUGCUCAGCAUUCAACACCAUAGUACCCUCCAAGCUCAUCAUUAAGCUUGAGGCCCUGGGUCUCAGCAAUGCCCUGUGCUAUUGGGUCCUGGACUUCCUGACGGGCCACCCCCGGAUGGUGAAGGGAGCAAACAACAUGGACAAACUGAAAUAG